AGCUUGAUAAAGCACCGUUAACGGAUUAAAAUGUAAUUUAAAAUCAGAAUAAUCGAAAUAUGCUUAAUCUGACAAUUUGUGCAGAAUUAGAUUAGGUUGAAGUUUGGCAGUGAAUUGGAUAUGUAGUCGAAUUAGAAGCGGCACUUCGUAAGUCUGCUAGUCACGUACAGCAGGUGAUAGUACCUCCCCAACUGCGAAGGUAAACAGCGAUGAGCUGUGUACGUCAGUGGCUCAACAAACUGCAUUUACCAGAAUUCCCUAGAACAAAUAUUUGGCGGGCGGGGGUGUGAGGGAACUGAAUUUUUAUCUGUAUAAAUACCCGAUUGUAUAUACAUAUAACUUGCAUUGAUUCCACGUACAUCCUAGUGAAUUAUUAUGCAAUGUAAAAUGGCGCAUAGUUGACAGAGUUGUAGAAUGUACCAUGUGUCAUAGCUGUAGCUCACGUUUAUAAUAUGGACUACAUCUACCACAAUCCUUUGCCUCUGCGUCAUCCUUCACAACUGUGUUCUGUAUUCGUUCAUACGUUUGUGUUGGGGGGAAAAGGACUUCGAGUAACUACAGCGAUGUCAGUCCAGGUUGUAUCAGCGAAAAUGGCCGAGGCGGACCUGCAAGCCAGUUCCAGCAAAGAGCUCAAAGCUGUACCUCCGGGAAUGCCCAAGUCGGAGGAGAAAAAGGUGCUUAAAAACGAGCCUAAGGCUGCAGCUGCUACCUCACCGGUGGGUCCGUCGACGGAGGUUAUAGCGAAAGGGGACCCCAGCCAUUCUCCGACCCCCAGUCCAGACCUCCCGAAGAUGCAGGCAUCGGCGAUGAGGCGAACGGACGGACGACAAAACGGAGAGUCCCUCCUGAACAGCGACGGCACCGUAGCCGAAGCUCCUAAGACGAAGAAGAUCCAGUUUGCCGACCAGAAACAGGAGUUCAACAAGAGGCCCACGAAAAUUGGGCGACGCUCACUGUCCCGGUCCAUCUCACAGUCCUCCACAGAUAGCUACAGCUCAGCUGCCUCCUACACAGACAGCUCUGACGAUGAGACGUCCCCACGGGACAAGCAGCAGAAGAACUCCAAGGGGAGCGCAGACUUCUGCAUCAAGAAUAUCAAACAGGCCGACUUCGGGCGCCGGGAGAUCGAGAUUGCAGAGCAAGAGAUGCCAGCUCUAACGGCUCUUCGCAAGAGAGCCCAGGGUGAAAAGCCUCUGGCAGGAGCCAAGGUGGUGGGCUGUACCCACAUCACCGCCCAGACUGCUGUGCUGAUGGAGACACUCUCGGCUCUGGGAGCUCAGUGCCGCUGGGCUGCCUGCAACAUCUACUCUACCCAGAAUGAGGUAGCUGCUGCUCUGGCUGAGGCGGGGAUCUCAGUGUUCGCAUGGAAGGGCGAGUCGGAGGACGACUUCUGGUGGUGCAUCGAUCGCUGUGUCAACCUGGAGGGCUGGCAGCCCAACAUGAUCCUGGAUGACGGAGGCGACUUGACCCACUGGAUCUACAAGAAGUACCCCAACAUGUUUAAGAAAAUAAAGGGAAUCGUGGAAGAGAGCGUCACUGGGGUUCACAGGCUGUACCAGCUGUCUAAGGCCGGCAAAUUGUGUGUUCCUGCUAUGAACGUCAACGACUCCGUGACCAAGCAGAAAUUUGAUAACCUGUACUGCUGCCGUGAGUCCAUCCUGGACGGGCUGAAGCGGACCACAGAUGUGAUGUUUGGGGGGAAACAGGUGUUGGUGUGUGGAUACGGAGAGGUCGGCAAGGGCUGCACGGCUGCUCUGAAAGCCAUGGGUGCCGUCGUGUACGUGACCGAGAUCGACCCCAUCUGUGCUCUGCAAGCCUGCAUGGAUGGCUUCCGACUGGUGAAGCUGAAUGAGGUCAUCAGACAAGUGGACAUUGUCAUCACCUGCACAGGCAAUAAGAACGUGGUGGUCCGGGAAUACCUGGAUCGCAUGAAGAGUGGCUGUAUCGUGUGUAACAUGGGCCACUCCAAUACGGAGAUUGACGUGGCCAGCCUGCGCACGCCCGAGCUCACCUGGGAGCGUGUGAGGUCACAGGUGGACCAUGUCAUCUGGCCCGACGGCAAAAGGAUUGUACUGCUAGCUGAGGGCCGUCUUCUGAACCUAAGCUGCUCCACAGUGCCCACAUUCGUGCUGUCCAUCACUGCUACCACUCAGGCUCUGGCGCUGAUUGAGCUCUUUAACGCUCCUGAGGGACGCUACAAACAGGAUGUCUAUCUGCUUCCCAAGAAAAUGGAUGAGUAUGUGGCCAGUCUUCACCUUCCUGCGUUCGACGCCCACUUGACCGAGCUGAGUGACGAGCAAGCGAAGUACCUGGGGUUAAACAAAAACGGCCCCUUCAAGCCAAACUACUACAGGUAUUAAACCUGAGGGCACCGGGGGGGACACUGAAGAAGCCCUGGACAUGUGGAGGGCCCCCCCACACUCAGCUGACUUGUCUCGCCCCCCCCCCCCUGGAGAUUUCACAUCUUUAGGGCACUGUACAGUUGGCGAGCUCUUCCUGCUGCUGGGACCCCCCUGUCCUCCACCCACGCCCCCCCCUCUCUUGUCCCUGUUCAUCCUGCGCAGGCCCUUCGCAAAUUUGGCCUUAAAUUCAAAAAUCCAGAAAACAGUUAUGAUGCAUCUUUUUCAGGCUGAUUGUCUUCAUUUUUUUGUUCAUUUGUUUUGUUUCUAUCUUCCCACCUUGGUCACUGGAGUUUAUACAUGGUGCCAGGCCGAGGGUGGCUGGGUUCGCAUAUUUAUUUAUUUUUAAGAGAUAUCUGUUUUUAAAGCUCCUCUCCUCGUCUGGACAGAUGUAGUAUGUUAUUGAGUUUGCGGACUGGACCCCUGGUGUCCUUAUCACACAGACACUGCAAAGACAGCUUCUCUGCUCAGUGCUGCCGAUGCUGCUCAUGUUUCAUUCAUUAUUGUUCUGUUCUCUGACGCUCUAAAGUUUCCCUUCCUCUGAAUUUUUCGUGAUGCCUGUGAUUCAGGUAGACAGAUUUAUCCGUAAGAGCCCAUGCUGUAAUGUUAUUUUAAUUUAGCAUAUUUAAAUAGCUAAUGAUACAACAACAUGAAGUGUACAGAAACAUUUUGUAAAGAAAUGUAAGACUCUAUUUUCCUCCAUUGUUAUUUCUUUGUUAUGAAUAUGUUCUCAUAAGAAAAAGUAAUUACUCUUAAGUGUAAAUUUCACUUGUAGAAUUCAGUGUGCUGAAGUCAUCAUUUCAACGAUAAAAUGAAAAAUCAUGGGGGGGGAUUUACUUCUGGUAAGAUGGACUCUGUUUAAGAAUUUUGUUUGUGAACUGUUUAGACAUCAUGUAAAUGUUGAAUUUAUGUUUGCUGUGUCUGGAAAAUUUGGCCAUUCCGGAUGAUUUUGGUUAAAUUCUUUUGGACAAAGGAAACUGCCUGAAAAUGUUUCAUCCUAAUAACAUUCCCAUGAUGUGUCUUAUUGGCUCGUUGGCCUCUUUCAAUCUCACGUUUUUCCAGACAUUCCCAUACUAGUCCCUAAGUUUCCCUUGUUCACCUCUGUAAUUGCACUUUUAUGUUUUUGUGCCCAUUCUGUGCGUCAGUGGGUUAUAUAAUUGAAAAGUGAUUAGGCACAAAUUAAGACAUUUUGUCCAGUUCAUGUACUCCCACCCGCAACAUUUUUAUUAUUAUUUUACAAUAAUUUUUAAUCGCAGAAUUUAUGUUUCCGGUUAUUCUUGGUAUGACUCCUUGUACACCAGACCUUCGCGCCCACACGCGAUCCUUACGUGUGAUGCACGAUGUAUACGCUGCGUUGUCCUUUAGCGCCAUCGUGUGGGAGAGGUUAACAGCAGCACCUCUAACGCAAAGUGGAUCUGAAAUUCACUCCGAAAACGACCGGUUAAAUUUUUAGUUUUAAAGUUGUACAGGUUUAAAAGGUUUGAAAUAUUUCAAGUGAUUAUAGGUAAUGAGCAAUAAAGAUUCUGUAAUCUAAAAAUAAAGAAAUAGACUGUGAAUAA